UAUGCUAUUGAUAUUGUAGAAUUCCAUCACAAUUCUGAAUAUCAAUAGCUCCGGAUCAAUGUAAAUUUAAAAAAGAAAAUAUAUUUCGACGUCAUUUCGUCCGAUAGUAAAAGAAGUAAACAAGUACCUGUUAUAAUAUAGUAAGCAAUACCUAGGUAGUAUCGAAAUUUAUGUGAUGAUAAUAAUAUUGAACAUGUAAACCAUAAAACUUGAAACACUUUCAGAAAUGAUAAGACAAUCAUUAAAAUUCCGAAAAACUGUUACAAUUAUAUGUGUUUUAGCCCUGUUGAUUUUUAUUUUUCUUAUACUAAGACAGGACAAAUUUUAUGAUAUUCAAAUUGACAAAGAACCCAGAUCUGAUGAUGACUUCCAGGGAUUAAGUUAUAGAGAUUUUAACCGGUUACCAAAGAAGGAAAAUAUUUAUGUACCAAGAGAAGAAAAAAUUAAAAUAAUGGAAUCUAAUGCUAAAUCUGAUGACAACUCCAAGAAAGAAUUGCAAGAAGCCAAAGCUCGAAUUGAAGAAUUGGAAAAGAAACUGGCAGUUUUGGAGGGAAGAAUACCUCAAAAAUACCCUGAUGUGAAAUAUCUUGGGUAUAAAUUAAGGAAGAGAAUACUGGUAACAGGCGGUGCAGGGUUUGUGGGAUCACAUUUAGUAGACAUACUAAUGAUGCAAGGCCAUGAAGUUAUAGUUGUAGAUAAUUUCUUCACAGGUCGAAAGAGAAAUGUUGAACAUUGGUUUGGACACCGUAAUUUCGAAAUGAUCCAUCAUGAUAUUGUUAAUCCACUUUAUGUAGAGGCAGACGAAAUAUAUCACCUUGCAAGUCCAGCAAGCCCACCGCAUUACAUGCAAAAUCCUGUCAAAACAAUAAAGACAAAUACAUUGGGAACUAUUAACAUGCUGGGAUUGGCAAGGCGUGUUGGAGCAAAAAUUCUUAUUGCAAGUACAUCUGAAGUAUAUGGGGAUCCAAUGGUACAUCCCCAACCAGAGUCUUAUUGGGGUCAUGUCAAUCCAAUUGGACCCAGGGCUUGUUAUGACGAAGGUAAAAGAGUGGCAGAAACACUGGCUUAUUCCUACGCUAAGCAGGAAAAUGUAUCUGUAAGAGUAGCGAGAAUCUUCAACACGUAUGGGCCAAGAAUGCAUGUAUCAGAUGGGCGUGUAGUGUCCAACUUCGUGAUGCAAGCGCUACAAAAUUUAACAAUAACAGUAUAUGGGAACGGAAAACAAACGCGAUCCUUCUGUUAUGUAUCAGAUCUGGUAGAUGGACUCCUUGCACUCAUGGAUUCCAGUUACACCUUACCUGUUAAUAUAGGAAAUCCUGUAGAACAUACAAUAGAAGAAUUUGCUGUUAUAAUAAAGAAUCUAGUCCCUGGAUGUCGGAGCACCGUCGCAACCGGCGCGGCAGUAGAAGACGAUCCUCAAAGACGCAGGCCGGAUAUUACUAUCGCCGAAAAACAUCUUAACUGGUCACCUAAGAUAUCACUGCAAGAAGGUCUGCAAAGAACAAUUGAUUACUUCAAAGAAGAGCUCUCAAGGACCACAUUCUACAACAAUCAGACUUACAUGGAUGCAAAAGUAAAAGCCUCACACUAGAAUAUAGUAGCUAUUGUUUUUUGUGAUAUUAGCCAUUACAAGUUGAAGUCUUAGAAUGAAAGAGUUUAGAGUGAUAUGUCAGAUUCUUCUUACACUCCAUUGCCUAGAAGAAAAUAUUAUUUAUCUCACAUAUUAUCGCUUAUCUCUAAUAAAUAUGCGAUUUUAUAUUAUUGAGAAAUAUAAACCUGUAAUUUUUGAUCCUAUUUCUUCUUAAAUAUAUUGAAACAUUUCGAUUGCUAGUGUUGUUUAUUAUUGAAUAAGGGAGUCAAUUGUUAAUUGUGAGUGGUUUCAUAGCAAAUUGAAUUGCCUGUUUAUAGUUAUAAUAUUUGUCUAGAUUUUGGGAUGAUAUUAAAAAUAUAUAUAUUUUUAGUACAUCAUCCAAUUAUAACACAGUAAGCAUUAUUGCAAUUAUUGAAAAUAGACACAAAUUUAUGAUGUUCAGUUUUGUGAUGUGAUUAUAGCUUUUAUGUAUUAUCUUUUAAUGAAGAACUUGACUAAUUUGUAACAAUAAAAUGUUUGUAUGUU